AGAUUCUGCAUUAGUUACCUGCAAGACAACGGUGCGGCACUAAACAUGGCUGAAAUAAAAUCGUUUUACGACAUCACAGCCAAGACCCUCACUGGAGAGGAGUUCAAGUUUUCUUCUUUACAGGGCAAGGUGGUCCUGAUCGAGAAUGUCGCUUCUCUUUGAGGAACGACCACCAGGGAUUACACCCAGAUGAACGAGCUCCACGAACGCUUCUCAGAUAAAGGGCUUGUGAUUCUGGGAGUUCCCUGUAAUCAGUUCGGCUAUCAGGAAAACUGUGCAAAUGAAGAGAUCCUUUCAUCCUUGAAGUACGUCCGUCCCGGCAAUGGCUAUGAACCUAAAUUCCAGCUCUUGGAGAAGGUCGACGUGAACGGGAAAAGCACCCACCCUCUCUUCACCUUCCUCAAGGAGAAGCUUCCGUUCCCGAGCGAUGAGCCAAUGCCCUUCAUGAAUGACCCCAAAUUUAUCGUGUGGAGUCCCGUGUGCAGAAACGACAUCGCUUGGAAUUUCGAGAAGUUCCUCAUCGGAUCUGAUGGAGUGCCAUUCAAACGCUACAGCAGGAGAUACCUGACCAGCAACGUCGAGGGAGACAUCAAGAAACUUCUCAGCAUAGCCAACUAAAAUGGUUUUGUGGUCAAAAGGGUGUCAAAAUAAAUCAAUAUCCCAGCUUCCGCAUUGCAUACCUUGACCUACAUGGGUCUCCAAUGACAGGUCGUGCUCUCAUGUGCAUGAUGUUGCCGUGUUUGGACUUUUACUAUAUGAAGAUGCUCCUGUAAACACGCUUUGUCUGUAGGGAGUAUCUGAUGCAAUGCAAAAGUCUUAACUACGUUUCAUUUAGCUCUUGUAUGGCACAACAUGCAAAUUGGACCAAUAAAUGUUUUCUACUCAA